AUGCCUCCCAGGUCAACAACACGAGGGCGGGGCCGCGGUCGUGGAGGUGCCGCCCGUGGUGGUGCCGCCGCGGCCGCAGCUGCAGCCGCGACUGCGGCUUCUUCACACGAUGAUGCGGCUGCUGCUCAAGAAACAGCAUCCGCCACAGAGCCGGCCGACGGGCCCGCGCCUGUUCCGGUGAUGACUAUUGAUUCUACCCCCGAGGUAUCGGCAAAUAGCACACCUUCUCGCGUUACCAGUGCCAAUGCGACUCCUGCCCCGACUUCUUCGAUUCGCGCAACAGUAGCCGCAACAUCAGCAGCGACAGCGACCGGAGCGAAUAAAUUCAAGCCUAAGGGUGUUCGUCGAAGCGAAACGGAGCGCGCGCGUCUAGCGGAAGAGCAAUUGAAGAUACAAGAACAGCGGGACGCCGAAGAGGCCCGAAAACAGGCUCGAUUAAAUCGUGGUCGAGGUCGAGGUCGCGGACGUGGUCGCGGCGGGUUGAUGCGAGGAAACUUGAGAGGUGCUACUGCUGCGGGACCGCUUUCGGCGGGUAUGAGCUUUGGUGGCGGUUCGGGUUCAGGUUCAGGCGGCUACGCUUACGCUUCCGGCUCGGGCUCAGGCUCCAGUCACGUCAAGAGAGAAGGCGACAGCAAAGAUAGCGCAUACGGCACAUCCGGAAUUAUCGACAACAGUCGGAUCAACGCCGAUCUACUCUACAACCACGUCGAGAUUUCCGAGGAGGAAGACAACGCCUCGAUCACAUCGACGAAAAAGAAGAAGCGAGUCAUCAUGCCGAUGGGUAUUCGCCGCGUCGAGCACAAGGAAGAGGGCGUCACCAUGACGACGGCGGCUGAGAUAGAAGCUCAAGAGAACGCCGGGUUUGUGGACGACGACUCGGAGGAGGAUGGAUUGUUUGUGAGCAAGUCCGUGCAGAUCGAGGCCAUCGAGGAGCAAGCCACUGGUGGUGAGAACGAGGCUGGAGAGACCCGCACCAUCAAGCAGGAAGAGGUGGACGACAGUGGUGCUAUGGAUCUCGACGACAUCCCCGUCAACAUCAAGGCUCCCCCGUCCCCCGAGCAAAAGAAGAAGGUCCCGACGGGCGAGCAGAAACCCAAGAAGAAAGUGGCUGCUCCCAAGGAUCCCGAAGCCGACAUCAUCGCCGAAGAUCUCCAGCACAUGCUCAACCUCUUUACGGUGCAAGACGAUGGUGCUGCCGAAGGCGGCGGAACCACGACGACCACCAACGCGGCGCUCGAAGGCCAUAUGUUCCUCUUCCAGUUCCCCCCCAUUCUACCGCCCUUGCAUGUUGUCCCGCGCGACGGCACCGCGGCCAAUCCGGCGACGGUCAAACCCGACCCGGACGAGGACGUCGUCAUGCAGAACCAGCCCGGCGCUAGCAUCGACCUGACUCAGGACGACGACAAUAACAACGAUAGCCGCACCAAAGUCAAGCAGGAAGCUGACGGCGAGGAGGCCGCCGAAGACGCCAAGAAGAAGGCUGAUAACAGCGGAAGAGGCGAAAUCAAAGAGGGCGGCUACCUCGGCAACCUGAUUGUGCGCAAGUCGGGCCGGGUCGAGCUCGACUGGGGUGGCCAGCGCUUGGAGAUGAUGCCCGGCAUCCAGACGAACUUCUUAUCGACCGCGGUCCUGAUCGAGCGCAACGAUGUCAAGCCGACCGAUCCCAGCCAGAUGGCGGGUGUCGCUUAUGGCAUGGGCAAGAUCCAGGGCUCGUUUACCCUCGCUCCCGUUUGGGGUGAAGAGGAGGAGUGGGUGGUGGAUCCGAAGGAUUUGGAGAUCCCCGAGGAGGAGUAA